GAGUCGGGCGGAGCUGAGCGGAGCCGGGGGAGGAGCCUGGGGAGAGUCGGGGCGGAGCCGAGCGCGGAGCAGGGGGCGGAGGAAGCUUCCUCUGCUCCCAACCUGGCCGCGCGUGUGUUCUUCCUCCUGCUUUCUUUGCUUCGUGUGCAGACGCGGUGAGGGUAGCGCGGCAGCUACGACCAGUGACAGCAAGCAACAGGGAGACAUGAGAAGUUGGACUGCGUGCUGCACUGGAGAACGUAGUGGUAGGAGAAUUAAUCCCCAAAGAGACUGAAGUGAGUUUCAGGAUGGCAAAAGAGGAACCCCCGAGUACCACAAGGGACUUGCAGGAGCUGCAGAAGAAGCUAUCUUUGCUGAUAGAGUCCUUCCAGAAUAACUCAAAGGUGGUUGCCUUUCUGAAGUCUCCGGUGGGACAGUACUUGGACAGGCAUCCUUUUCUGGCCCUCACCUUGCUGGUGUUCAUUGCCGCAUCCGCCGUUCCUGUUGGAUUCUUCCUGCUCCUUGUGGUGCUUACCUUCCUGGCAGCUCUCGUGGGGGUCCUACUACUAGAAGGCCUGGUCAUCUCUGUGGGUGGUCUCUCACUGCUCUGUGUCCUCUGUGGCUUGGGCUUCGUGUCAGUCGCCAUGUCAGGGACCCUCAUGGUGUCCUAUGUGGUGGUCUCCAGCCUUAUCAACUACUGGUUUUCUCCCAGACCACUGAUGCAGCAAAACCCCAGCGGUGAAUGUCAGCUGGCCAUGAAGUCCGCAGAUUUUGAGGGGCUCUACCAAGAAUGACCAGCUGAACAUCUUUUCAAACAUCUCUGGAAAGCUGUUGAAUCAUACUCACGCCUUGGCAUUAUGACUCAGAGAAGGGGGUUGGGUAGCCAAGCACUCCCUGGAUGUGUCCGCCAGCCUUUUCACUGUUUGUAGGAUCCUGCAGUGGCCCAUUUUUGGGGAUCAUGUUGGUCUUAUGUUGGUUCUGUCAGCUGCCCCACCCUCAUGUGGUGAAUCAGCAAAGAAAUGCGAUGGCUCAAUAGUUGGCCCUGCCUCGAAUACCCACUCCCACGUGUGCCCAUGUGACCUUGGCAGGGUCCUGGGCCUCUAGGGCUCUGCCACCUGACCCAACGGCCCAGUUGGGGGCAAGAAUGUAUUGUUUUUAGUGUUUUGUUUUUAGAAAUGCAGAAAGAUGUUUUAUUUUUUCACUCAUUUUGAAGCAAGUGAAAAAAAGUCUAAAACAGAACAAGCUCUUCUGUCUUACUGGCUUUUUAACAGAAAGAACAGUGGCAUUUGGGAAUAAUAGCCUGUCAAA